GUGUCUCUACAAGGAAUAAAUCCAUCACCGCCCUGAAAUUCUCGCACCUUCAUCUCAUUGGUUCCGAUUCGGUUUGUGUGGCGUGURACUGGUGCACUGAGCUGUCAAUCACAGCAAGUGCUCCGACUCUGCUUUUGGCUGCAGAGACGCGCUGCAGCGCGCUCCCUGCUGCUCAGUGCGCAGAGCGGCGGAGGGAAGCGGACCGUCCCUGCAGCAGCUGCGGCCCCGGCGCGUUUCCUCCCGCUGCGCUGCGUCCCCACAGAGUCCCCGCAUCCCUCAGGAGAGGAGGAAGAACACGAGGACCACACUGCCUCCCUCUUCACCUUCUUCUUCUGUGGAGUUUGUCAGGCGCACAGUUUGAGUUUCCCUCACUGCAGACAUGUGGAACAGCUCCCGGGAAGUCUUCUUACUUUGUUUCCUCCUGACACUCUGGACUGAGGUGUCUUGGUCCACCGGGUACUUUGAGCUGCAGCUGGUGUCGGUGGAGAACCCCGGAGGUCGUCUCCUGAAUGGGGACUGUUGUGAUGGCUGUGGUCCUGACGAGUGUGACACGUCCAUCCGAGUGUGUCUGAAGGAGUAUCAGAAGGAGGUCACCACCUCUGGACCGUGCACCUACGGCUCAGAAACCACCAGAGUUCUUGGUGGGAACAGCUUUCAGUUCAGAGGAGGACAGAAAGCUGCAUCACACAGGAACAACGAGGCAGGAAGGAUUGUCAUUCCCUUUCAGUUUGCGUGGCCGCAAGAUUACACUGUGAUAGUGGAAGCGUGGGACGAGGACAACGACACACACAGCAGCGAUGAUGAACUUCUGAUCGAGCGGAGCGUCCACAAAGGGAAGAUUAGCCCUGGAGAGGAGAAACAGACAGUGGAACAUAAAAGCUUGAUUGCCACCAUUAAAUACAGCAUCCGUGUGCGCUGCGAUGAACACUACUACGGCAUCAGAUGCAACACAGUGUGUCGUCCUCGUGAUGACUACUUCGGUCAUUACGUGUGUGACCAGUUUGGAAAGAGACGAUGUAUGGAAGGUUGGAAAGGAGAGGACUGCAAGACAGCUGUCUGCAAGUCAGGAUGUAACCCCUUACAUGGCACAUGCAGCAAACCAGGAGAAUGCAAGUGUAACUACGGUUGGGAUGGCCCAUUGUGUGACAGGUGUCUGCGGUAUCCUGGCUGUGACCAUGGAACCUGCACUGAACCCUGGCAGUGCACCUGYGAAAAGAACUGGGGAGGCCUGCUCUGUGAUAAAGAUUUGAACUACUGUGGGACCAACCGACCCUGUAAGAACGGAGGAACAUGUAUGAACACAGAACCAAACGAGUACAACUGCGCCUGUCCAGACAGCUACUCUGGCAGGAACUGUGAGAUUGCAGAGCAUGCCUGUUUGUCCAACCCAUGUGCAAACGGAGGGACAUGCCAUGAAGUGUCUUCAGGGUUUGAGUGUCACUGUCCUGCUGGCUGGUCUGGGCCAACCUGUGCUAAAGACACAGAUGAAUGUGCUUCCAGUCCAUGCGCUCAGGGAGGGACCUGCAUUGACCUGGAAAAUGGCUUUGAAUGCAUCUGUUCUCCACAGUGGACAGGAAAGACCUGCCAGAUUGACAUUAAUGAGUGUGCAGGGAAGCCUUGCCUCAAUGCUUACUCUUGCAAAAACUUAAUUGGUGGAUAUCACUGUGCCUGUUUCCGUGGAUGGGCGGGUCAGAACUGUGACAUCAAUAUAAACACAUGUCAUGGACAGUGUCAGAACGGAGGCACCUGCAAGCAGAAGACACCUGGAGGCUACCAGUGUGUUUGCCAGCCUGGGUAUGCGGGUCGUCAUUGUGAAGUCCAGAGGAACCGCUGCUGGAGCGGCCUGUGUAAGAAYGGGGGCCACUGCCAAGUCCUGCUGGAUGGCUUCAUGUGUGAAUGUCCUCAAGGCUUCAGUGGGACAAUGUGUGAGGUGCAGGAUGAUCCUUGUAGCCCAAACCCCUGUCAGAACCAGGCUCAAUGCCAAAGCUUGAUGGCAGACUUCUACUGCAGCUGCCCAAACAACUACGAGGGUCAAACUUGUUCUGAGCUCAAGGACCACUGCAAGACCAACAAAUGCCAAAUGAUUGACAGCUGCACUGUUGCUGUUGCAACCAAUGACACAGCACAGCAGGUGUGGCACAUCUCAUCUAACGUGUGUGGACCACAUGGUCACUGCAUCAGCAGGCCUGCUGGGAACUUCAGCUGCUCAUGUGAUGCAGGAUUCACUGGCACCUACUGCCAUGAGAACGUCAAUGACUGUCAAUCAUCCCCCUGUAAGAAUGGAGGCACCUGCAUCGAUGGCAUCAACUCAUUCAAGUGUGUCUGCCCUGAUGGUUGGGAGGGGAUGCUGUGUGAUGUUGAUGUGAAUGAGUGCAGUGGAAACCCAUGUCAGAAUGACGGGCUGUGUGUGGAUCUGCUCAAUGACUUCUUCUGCAGCUGUGUGGACAGCUGGAAGGGAAAAACCUGCCACCUACGUGAGAGUCAGUGUGACUCCAACACGUGCAGCAAUGGAGGGACGUGUUUUGAUCAUGGAGACUCGUUCUUGUGCAGCUGCCCCUCAGGGUGGGCUGGAAACACCUGCAACACAGCCAAGAACAGCUCCUGUGAUUCAGGACCGUGUGAGAAUGGAGGGACAUGCAUCGGAGGGGGAGAAACCUUCACCUGCAUCUGCAAGGAUGGCUGGGAGGGACACACAUGUGCACGGAAUGUUGAUGACUGCAAUCCACAUCCUUGCUACAACGGUGGUGUCUGUGUGGACGGUGUGAACUGGUUUCGCUGUGAGUGUGCCCCAGGAUUUGCUGGACCGGAUUGCCGCAUCAAUAUAGAUGAGUGUCAAUCAUCUCCUUGUGCUGAAGGUUCGUCUUGUAUAGAUGAGAUCAAUGGUUACAGGUGUGUUUGUCCUCCAGGACAGACUGGCCCUCGCUGUCAGCAGUUCAUGGGACUUGGAAAGCCUUGCCGCCAUGCUGGCCUGCAGUUUCCUCACGGCAGUCAGUGGGACGAGGAGUGCAACGCCUGCCACUGCUUCAGUGGAGACAUUCACUGUUCAAAGGUGCACUGUGGGCGUCGGCCCUGCCUCCUUCCACAGGUUGUCCCCCCCACUGAGGCAAACCGCCCUUCCUGCCCAGGGAGUCACGAGUGUGUCGAGCAUCCAUUCCUCACCUGCUUCUCACAGCCCUGUCGUCAGUGGGGAGUUUGUUCCACACCACAUCCCCUGACUCCACCUCACACUCAGUGUCAACCCAACAGUGGUUACCUUGACAACAGCUGUGCUCACAUCACACUCAUCUUCAGAAAGGAAAUAGUGCCACAGUCUUUUGAGGAGGAUGGACGAUCGAAGGACAGUGACUGUGCAAAGAUUCAGAAAGCAGCCCGAGCCCUUACUGACAGGCUGUUAGAACGCCACAACACCACGGUACUGCAGGCGGUGGUGGAGGCUAAAAUAGACGUUAAGGAGAAAUGCUCCUCUGUUGGUUAUGUAGUCCCUGUGCUGGGUGUGGUCUUCAGUAUCCUGUGGCUGUUCUGCAUUGUGGUUUGUGUUUGGUGGACCCGUAAAAGGAAGAAAGAGCGUGAGAGAGCAGUUCCAACUGAGGAAACCAUGGUGAACAACCAGCUGGAACCGUUGCAGAGCAAUAAUGACAAGAUAAAUCGGGACAAAGACAUUUCAUACGAAUGCAGAAAACUGAUGGGCCCUGCUGACAGGAUGUGUGACGGGGCAGAUGAGGAGGAGGGAUGGGGUGGUGAGGGAGCRCAGGAGGAAGAUGAGGAGUGGGCACUGGCUAUGAGGAACAAACAUCCAACUCAGAGGUGCUCCAUAGACGAGGCCCAGAACAGGGACCUAAUGUUUAAGGGCAGCAGUUCAGUGAAGGUGCCACAUCGGACAGAAUACAGCCUCAAAGACAACCGGUGUAAAAAUCUGAACACUGCAAAGCUCAGUGACAACGUUAGAGACCACUGCGUGUGACGAACUGAGGAGGAGGAAUCUUCUGACAGUUUCCUUCAGCAUCACUGAUUUUAACUCGUCAGUGCACCAAGAGUGAAGGUUACAUAGGCUUUAAUGUUGGACAUUUUUAUUUAAAACACUUUUUCCAGCAUGAUGUUUUUGAACCACAAAAAACAAACAAACAAAAAGCAUGAGAAAAAGAAUGCACUCUUUCAUUUAAGAAGAUUUUUUUGGUCACGAUGAUGAAUCUAAUUUUUUCUUCUUAUUUUUCCUUCCUUGUUUCCAAACACUGUUUGUUCAGAGGACUUUUUUAAUYAGACACACGCCACCACGUCCUGGUCUGACAGCCGUUUGACCAUCUGGUUUUAUUCACCUUCACUUAGCCAGGCACCUCUCAUUGAGAUCAAGGACAUCUUUUUCAAGGUCUGCAUGGACUUGAAGGAGAACAUGUGAACCCACACAGAAAGACCCCAGGUCCAAACCAGGGGUCCAAUCCAAGACCUCCUUGCUGUGAGGAAACAGUGCUGACCACUGAUCCAUACUGUCUGCCUUUACCCUUUUUCUACUCUAACAUGUCACAUUUUGUAAUGACAAAAGCAAAAAAAAAAGGUUUUAGAUUUAUUUACUUUUUGUAUUUUUGUUGGAUCUAAGAACCCUGCUGCUUGUACUGUAUAUACUGUAUACAGCAUAUAUAUAUACACAUACACACGUUUCAAUUUCCUGUUUCCUGCAAAUAUUCUUUCAAAAUAAGACUCGGUGCUUUCUGAGCUUCUUCAGGGUCAUACAGUAUUUGCUUUGCAAUAAGUCAUUUUUUUUUUACAAAUGAAACAGAAAUAUAUCAAAGGGUAAAAGUUUAAAGAAAUUUUCUAUCAGAGAAAAGCCUUGUGUUACUUUCAUGUACAGUUUCUGUGUAAAUAAGAAGAAAUGGCUAAAUGUAAAUUUAAGUUUAGUAAGUUAAGUGAUGCUUUGUAUUAUAACUAUUAUA